GGGAUAGGGUGCCCUGCACAAGGACUCCUUUAUUUCACUGAGGAUGUUCAGCAAAUAGACCAAGAGAAGGACAGCUGUCCAGGGUUAUUUUCACAAAACUGACACGUCUUUCAGCAAGAACAUGAGAUCCUGUUGCGCUUUACUGGCCCUGGCUCUGGUGGCUGAAGCAUCAGCACAAGGUUGCGUGUGUAACACAAUGAAGUGGGCGACCUGUGAAGUAACCCCUGGGUCCUGUGAGUGCACCGCCAUGGUCGCAGAGAAAAGCAAGCAAGUGCUGAAAUGCAAUGCUUUGAUUCCCAAAUGCUUUCUGAUGAAGGCGGAGGUGUUCAGAACGCAGAAAGGAUUAUCCAGCCGUUCAGGGGGGAAGCCUACUGAACACGCCUUUGUGGACGACGAUGGCAUCUACGAUCCUGACUGUGAGGCCAACGGUGUCUUCAAAGCCAAGCAGUGUGCCGGUAGCCAAACCUGCUGGUGUGUCAACAGCGCAGGGGUGCGAAGAACAGAUAAGGGGGAUUCAGGACUGAAAUGCAACGAACUUGUUAAAACUGUGUGGUUGCAGAUCCAGCUCAAGCACAUGGAGGUCCAGUUACCACUUAAUGAAACCCAAGUGAAGACAGCCAUCACUCAGACCAUUUCGCAGCGUUAUCUUCUGGAUGAAAAGCAUGUGACUGAUGUAAAGUAUGAACGGGAGAGCCACACUGUUGUUGUGGAUCUGAAGAGCGACGCCUCUGGCGACGGGGACAUUGCCACAGUGGGGUACUAUAUUGAGAAAGAUGUGAAGCGUAUGACGCUGUUCAGGAAUGCCGGCAACACCUUGACUGCCAGCGUGAACGGAACCCAGGUGGAUUUCGAGAGCUUCAUGAUCUACUACGUUGAUGAGAAGCCCCCGACAUUCACCACGAAUCGAGUGAUGGGGGGCGUCAUCGCUGCCACUGUGGUCAUUGCCCUGGCAAUCGUUGCUGUGCUGCUUCUGCGGUUUGCUAUUUCAAGAAAGAAAAGGAGGUCACAGCAGUACCACAAAACCCAGGACAGGGAGAUGGAAGUGAUGCAUAAAGAACAUCCGUAAUUUCAGGAGUGGGAAGUCUUGAGGGCAGGAGAAGCUGAUGUUAAGGACAAUUGUUACUUACUGCAACCACGGAAAGAAGGGACGUAACUUUUUCUAUGUAGAAAUACAUUUGUUGAAGGUGUCCAGUUUAAUGAGCUUUAAGAGAUGCACCUAUACAUAGGUAUAUAUUGUUUUAUUGUUGUUUUUUUUUAAUAGAUUUGUAUAACUUAACUUAAUAAAUGUAUCAAAACAAAAUAAAUGUAUUUUUU